CUCACACCAAAACUGCAAAAAUUAAUCGCUAGUCACUAAUAUCCUCUAGCUAGUUAGCAAAAGCUUCACUUAAGUGAGUCAAAAGAGCAAAAUGGGCAGCAUCGCCACCAACUGGAAGAAGCUGAGCGGUGAGAACAACUGGGAUGGGCUGUUGGACCCACUCGACGCUGACCUCCGGCGGUACCUCAUCCACUAUGGGGAGCGGCUGCAAUCCGUCCACGAUGCCUUCAACGGGGAAACCCUGUCCACUGCCUACGGGCUCAGCCGGUACCCCCCGGAAAAUUUCUUCUCCCAUGUCUUCCUCCAGAACGGGAAGCCGUACAAGUACCAGAUCACCAACUUCUUCUACGCCUACUCGGAGAUACCGCUGGGCGACUGGGUCCUCGCCGGACAGUCUGCGUGGAUCGGGUACGUGGCGGUGAGCACGGAGGAAGGGAAGUCGGUUUUGGGGAGGAGGGACAUCCUGGUCUGCUGGAGGGGCACUGAGACCAAACUGGAGUGGUUCGCAGAUGCGGAUUUCCCAUUGAUUCCGGUCGGCCAAGUUUAUGGGACUACCCAUAAUCCCAAGGUCCAUGAGGGGUUCUUUGGUGUCUAUACUCACAACAACCCUGAUUCUAUCUACAACAAGAACAGUGCCAGGGAACAGGUCCUGGCAGAGGUGAAAAGGCUGGUGGACAAAUACCGCGACGAGGAAACGAGCAUAACCGUGGUGGGCCAUAGCUUGGGCGCCUCCCUUGCAACCCUAAACGCGGCGGACAUCGUGGCCAACAACUACCACAAACCAACGGAUUCGAACGUCGGCUGCCUGGUCACGGCCUUUGCCUAUGCUAGCCCACUUGUCGGCGACUCGGGCUUCUACAACAUGUUCAAUGCACUGGCGGACCUUCGACUACUCCGGGUCAGGAACUUCUUCGACCCAGUCCCCUCCCUCCCGCCCAAGAUAUUUGGGUUCGUCGAGGUCGGGAAGGAGAUUUUCAUCGUCAUUGUGUCACCUUACUGUAAAUCACCUCUGGACAACCCACACAACUUGGAGCUCUACAUGCAUGGAGUUGCAGGGUGGAACGGAAUCAUGCCGUUUAAGCUCAUGGUGGAGCGAGACAUCGCGUUGCUGAACAAAGGAGGGGAUCUUCUCCACAACAAGCACAACGUGCCUCCCAAAUGGUGGAACGUGAAGAAUAAGGCAAUGUACCAGCUGGAUGACGGGUCGUGGGAUCUCCGUGACUACAUGCCUCCUCCUCCAGAGGCUGUCGUCCUCAUAUAAAUUAUUUUCUCAGAGGCUGUUGGUCGGGUGAUGACGAAUGUUGGUAGCAGCGAAGGGUUGAGCGUAAUUACAUCCUCCUAAUCCUUAUGGCGAUCAUGGGACUAGUAUAAUAAUUGGAAGAUGUUAGUAAGUAAUUUGGUUUAUGGUAAUUACUAAUAAAUAAGUGAGCAUGUGAUCAAAUGGACACCAUCGGUGGAAGAAGCUUUGGUUGGUUUUGUUCUACUUUUCUCUUUAACUUGUUCUUCGGGAUAAGUUGUGUUGUGUUGAUUUAAGUUUCGAUUUUUUUCCCCUUUUUCUUCAAUGUAUCCGAAGGGACUUUGUGUAAGUUUCCGGAAGGAAAAUAAUAAGAAGUGUGGUCAAUCAGUUUGUUGUCGUUUGUGUAAAGCUAGCCUAUGUAUCCGGUUCCUAUAAAUAUAUGCUAUAACU